AUGGACUCUGAAAACCUCACCGAACCCAAACCCAAACCCCUCAGAGCCAUUUAUCGGGAUGCAGGAAAUAGCAAAGGUUAUGGUCUCUUCGCACCAUGUGGUAUUGCUCCCGGAGAGCGGAUCUACAAAGAGAGCGGGGCUUCAUUUCCUCUAUUCACACCAUAUCGUCGUCCAUGGGAGCUGCAAGAGGGCUUUGACGAUUUCGGGCUAUUCCAGAAUUACAUGCAAAUCGUCUCGGGACAUAUGUCAAUGCUACGAAAGCUCUAUAUGGAAAAAUGGACUCAGACUCUCGAUGGCUUGGAUUAUCCAGACGACAUCGAAGAAUGCUUCUCACGCAAGGUCAAUAGCUGCAACUAUUCCAUAGACUUUAUCUGUGAAGCUCUGCUUGGAUGGCUUGGUGGCUGGCGCGAAGCGUGUCCAGAAAUCGCAAAGCAGGCAGACGUUGAGGCGCGAUAUAGUGCCCGAGGUGCGCAGCGAUUUCUCGAGGACAGCUUCACUUACCCUGUGUAUGACGAGGUCGUCGAGGGAGCCUGCAUUUUCGGUCUUUUGACAGGUCUGGCAAAUCAUGCUUGUUUUCCAAACGCCAUUCUAAGCGUUCAAGGAAACACUGAGAUCGAGACGGGUAAAUUGCCACGUGUCGUCGCUCUUACUCUCACUGCCUGCAAACCGAUCAAGAAGGGAGACGAGAUUACCUUUUGCUACGUGUUCGGCAUCCUAACCAGUGUUCCUCAACACCGCGCGCAACUUCUACACUUCUACAAAUUUGACUGCCGUUGCGAUUCGUGCAUUAGGGAGGGAGACCAUUCUUACAAGCUGGGGGCUAGAGAUGCUUUGGGCCAAUGGAUUUUCGAGUCCAAAGUCGAAAGAAGUGACAAAGUUGAGCAGCCCUUGAAAUUCCUUUGCAACAGAACACGUUGGAUGAUUGACGCAAGCGAAGAACUGGGCCUCUUUGACACAGAAUUGCCGGCAGCUCUUCGUGAAUGCAGCCGUCGGACAGAGAAUGCAAAUGAUCUACCCCGUGCUUUUUACUUUUCAUAUGCAAGAACCGAAAUGAUGAGGACUCGAAUGCCAGGUAGCUGUCAUGUGGGAAAGGCUGAGCACGAAUUCAAGGAGAUGUGCGACCAUUGGGAUGCUCCAGAGGCUUUACAUUUGUCUAAACGUCUCUACAAUAUUGAUGAUGGUCAUGAAGACGAGGCAGGCUAUCGGCAUGUCAUUGACAGGAUCUUCAUGAUGUCGCAGGAUCCUGCUGACGACAAGUUCACCACAACAGAUGUGAAUGACGAGCUGCGAGAGAUUGUGCUGGGUUUCGAAGAAAUCAACAUACGAACCCAGGGUCACAGUCAAGAGGACACUUCCAAGCUACUCGCAAUCGCAGAUGUUACAGCUAAGCAAGCCAAAAAUGCGAAGAACCAGAAGAGGAAAUCUCGAGCUCGUCGAAGCAAACAGCGUCAGUCCGACCACGAUGAGAAUCUGAUCGAAUCCGACACCGAAAAAGAAGAUGCGUCCUCUUCCGAGCCGCUUCAAGACCUCCACAUUUCUCAGGAGGAAGAAAAUGCCAUGGAUAUGAGUAUGAAGAUCUCCGAUAUCUCGGAUUGCAAGACUGUGAUCCUUCCUGAACGUCCAGCUACUCUAUGUCCUCCACCACCAAAUUACGCCUAUUUAACGGCCUUUAUUGCGGCCUCUGCUGCUAAAGAUAGAGUCUCCAAGCAGUUCUGGUGCGCUUCUCGCCGGCUGCAACAAUGCAUGCCCUUCGCACCUCGGGACAUUGAACAUUUGCUGGCAGAAAAGGACGGGUUGGGUUCGAAACAUGAUGGGUUUGGCCUCAAGAUGCGCCGAGAUUCUGCAUGUGGUCGUUUGGAGGGAGAUAUGGAGUUUCUGGACCUGGAGAAGGUGUUUGGUGGUCGCCGCAGAGCACAUUCCUUUGGGAAUGAUGCUGGAAAGAAGGAUUUGUUGAAGGAGGCUGAGGUGUAA